AAAUCCCUAGUUUGAGAAAUUUGGAGAGGAAACACUUGCCCUUGCUCAGACAAAUGGAGAAAGCCGGAAGAAACGUUGCAGCCAAGUAUCCGGAAUCCACUUUCAAAAUCGGUUACCACGCAUUGCCGAGCAUGUCCCAAGUGCAUCUCCACGUAAUCAGUGACGACUUCGUGUCGGCAUGCCUGAAAACGAAAAAGCAUUUCAAUUCCUUCGUCACUGAAUUUUUCAGGAGCACUGAGGAUGUGAUGAAAGAACUCGAGUCCACGGGAAAAGUGAAGCUCUUGUCGUCUGACGAGGCGAAAGCAUUCAUGGACACACUGCUCCAGUGCAAUCAGUGCUCAUUCGUCGCCAAGAAUAUCCCGCUGUUGAAAUCUCAUUUAGAAAGUCAUUUGAAAAGUAAAAUGAAAGGUAACAAAUCCUCGUGA